AUGUUGAGCGACGUUGAGCGCAAAGUGUAUCAAAUCAAAAGUGCUGCGAAGUGGGCGGAGAAGUCGACUGAUGUUGACUUUAAUGAAGUGUAUAGUGUGACACAGAGCAAUUACGAGAAGAUCAUAGCGACGCUCUUAAAAUUGCGGCACUACAACAUCUCUUUGAAAGAGAACAUCCAGAAGAAAUUGGAGUUAGCACAUGCGAUGGUAGAAUUGUCUGAAGAGAACAUUGAGUUGAAUACAAUAGCUACUAAAUAUGUUACGACAUGUCAAUGCCUUUCACUUGGAUUAGACGAUUGUUUGAAUCAAGAAGAAGAACACAUCUUUUGGCAAUUACGUGAUUACACGGAACAAUAUAAAGUGCUGGAACAACGAUUACUUCUUUUAAAUAAGAGACAUAUUGAUAUGGACAGAUUCCAUAAUAGUUACGCUGCAAAUAUUAUGAAGAAGAAACCAAGCAAAAGUAUUACACUGUCAAAGGCAAAGUACGAACAAGCUAGAGACUUCUUCUUUUACUUGAGAAAUGAAAUGAUCGACGACAUGAAGAAGAUGAACGACAACUUCAAAAAGAUCGUCGAACCACUCUUCGUACAAAUCUUUCGUUCUGAUCUGCUAACUCGCGAUUUCCAAGUUGAGACUCUCAGAAGCUGGGAAAACUUCUUGCCGUCUUUGAAAGAAAAAGUCAUCGAAGUCACUUGGCUCAUCACACCAGACCAAAGCUCUUGUGUACUCCCAGAAGUCAUUUAUGAGAAGAGAAAAGAUGAUAUCAACAGAGGGGGAUAUAACUUGAAAGCAACAAAAAUGGUUGUCGAGAACGCUUUAAUAAGUCCUGACUAUAUCACUGAUAUCCCAAUGAUGCCAAUUAAUGAAACACCACAAGAACAUACUCAAGCUAUUAAUUCAAUUCAACCGUCUCCAACUCAAAUCAUCGAGGUCGUCGAGACAAACACCGCAGACACUUUAAAACAAUCCACCCCACAACCCCAACGAUAUAGAGUACUGUAUGACUAUGAAGCCACCGAAGAUGACGAAGUCUCUUUAAAGAAAGAUGACAUAGUUCUUGUAUAUGUAAAGUCUGGGGAUUGGUGGGAAGGUGAAGUGAAUGGCCUUCAUGGGCUUGUUCCUUCCAAUUUUUUGUUUGCCGUCGAUUAA